AUGCACCUCGUGACCUGGGUGCAGUUUCGGGGCGACGAGCGGCCGUCCGUCUGGCGGGACAUUUGCAACCACGUUACCUUCGAGUGGGCCGUGGCAGUUGGCGACCGAGAUCCAGGGUCUGAGCCGGAAGUGCUCACCCUGCAGGAUUGCCGGGCCGUGGCGCUGGAAGGGCGGAGGGCGACCAACACUGGCAAGGCCUCCGUCAUCACAAGAGAGAAUGGGACGUCUGUGUGGAUGACAAAAGAGGAGGCCCAGAGCAUCCUCGUAGCUGGCCGGGAGCGCGCCCUGCCUCCGGAGAAGCUCGGGAGCUUCACCCUGCUCAAGGCAGGUUUGGGAGCCAUGCCCCGCGUGGUGCUGGACAAGAAGGUCCAGAGCUUCUUCGACGACCCGGAGACCGGGAUCAUCCGUGCGAAGGAUGUGCCGGUUCCAGAGAAGCUGAGCAACGCGGCGGCCUUUCAGGUGGAUCUCGAGUUGUAA